GCAUUUGUCGAUAGUGUAAAUCCGUUGCGCCGGGUGGUACGUGUUAGAUUUGCGAAAUUUUAUAAUCGCGGUACCGCCUACACCCGUUUUAUUAAUAAACUUUGUGCUAGUGCAGUGACUGGAUUUUGUGAAAAUGUCCAACGCACCAGUGAAAAAAGUCCCGAUACAUCUGCAGAGCUCCCAGAAUCGCCUGCUGAUCAAAAAUGGCCGCGUCGUCAACGAUGACGGUAUUGAAGAUCUGGACGUCUACAUUGAGGAUGGCAUCAUCAAGCAAGUCGGCCGCAACCUCAUCAUUCCUGGAGGCACCAGGACUAUCGAUGCUACUGGCAAGCUGGUGAUGCCUGGUGGUAUUGACCCACACACCCACUUCGAGCUGGAGAUGAUGGGCGCCAAGUGCGCUGAUGACUUCUACAAGGGUACCAGGGCGGCAGUGGCUGGAGGCACUACUUGUGUCAUUGACUUCGUUCUACCGCAAAAAGGACAGUCUCUAUUGGAGGCCUACAAUAACUGGAGGGAGAAGGCCGAUGGCAAGGUAUGCUGUGACUACGGUCUUCACGUGGGUGUGACGUGGUGGUCUCCAGCAGUGAAGAAGGAGAUGCAGCAGCUCGCGUCGGAGCAGUAUGGUGUGAACUCCUUCAAGAUGUUCAUGGCAUACAAGGAUGCGUGGAUGCUGGAUGACUAUGACCUGUAUUGCGCUAUGGAGACUUGCGCAGAACUUAAGGCUUUGCCCCAGGUGCACGCAGAAAACGGUCACAUAAUAGCUCGCAACACGGAGAAGCUGUUGGCUAAAGGAGUAACAGGUCCUGAGGGUCACCAGCUGUCCAGGGACGAGGAGGUGGAAGCUGAGGCUGUUAACCGCGCCUGUGUUAUUGCUAACCAGGCCGGGGCCCCUCUAUACAUAGUGCACAUGAUGUCCAAGAGCGCAGUGCGCGCCCUGCAGCUCGCCCGCUCGCGCCAGCGACACGCGCUCAUCGGGGAGACACUCGCCGCUACUGUUGGAACCGAUGGGUCCCACUACGGCAACGCAUGUUUCCGCCACGCGGCGGCGCACGUACUGUCCCCGCCACUGCGGCCCGACCCCAGCACGCCACAGGCCAUGUGCGAGGCCUUGGCUGACGACCACCUGCAACUAAUAGGCAGCGACAACUGCACAUUCCACGAGAAGGACAAACAGCUCGGCAAGGACAACUUCGCCAAGAUACCCAACGGAGUCAACGGCGUCGAGGACCGCAUGGCUAUACUCUGGCAGAAGGCUGUUAAUACUGGAAUCAUGGACCCAUGUCGCUUCGUAGCGGUGACCAGCUCGAACGCGGCCAAGAUCUUCAACAUCUGGCCGCAGAAGGGACGUAUCGCCGUCAACAGUGACGCAGACAUCGUCGUCUGGGAUCCCAAACUCGAGAGGACUAUAUCUGCUGCUAAUCAUAAGCAGGCUGUUGAUUUUAAUAUUUUUGAGGGUCAACACGUGGUCGGCAGUCCGCAAUAUGUGGUCGUGAACGGGCGUGUCUGUCUUGAUGAUGGAGAACUGAGAGUGGUUGAAGGUUUCGGAAAAUUCCUGAAGACACCAGUGGAAUCUCCAAUGAUAUACGACGGACAACAAAGCCAGGAGGAAGCUCCUCAUAGACCAGAGUUCCUGGAGGCUCCAAUGCGCGUCACCAACGGCACUCCUUCCCCCGACCUAGGACUGAUGAACAAGAGUGUGGAGAGUCUCUCGGUGUCCGGGUGUAGCACACCCACUGGCAGGAAGAUGCGGGAACCGGGACAGCGGAACCUGCAGACUUCUACCUUCUCUAUCAGCAAAGAAAUCGAAGGUUUGGAUACCAAGACCUCAGUUCGCGUGAGGAACCCACCUGGCGGCAAGUCUUCAGGACUGUGGUAAACAGGUUCAGUACCCACCCGGGAAUAGAACCGACUAGCUUGCGAUGACACAACACUGAUACUUGUGAACAGUUGUGAUAAUUUACUUUAUUCAUUUGAAGAGUUAUAAUUAUUAUUGAUUUUGAAUUUUGAUCCUUAUUGCUAAGGAUCUUUAAGGGCGAGAAUAUGAUAAGACGUGAAUGUUUUAAGAACGGAUUUUUAUAUAAAAAUCAUGAGAGUGUAACGAUAGAUAAAUUGUCUAGAUUUUGUUAAAAACUAAAUUCUAAUUUCACCAAUUAGUCUAGUAGUUAGCACGUAACUACGAACCAAAGGUGUCACAUUCGAUUCCUGUGACGGAACUUUUCACAAGUAAAAGUUAGGGGCUUGGGCAAUGAACCAAUGUUUUUAAGCUACUCGUCGAUAACCCAAAGCUUAACAUUAAUUUAACUUAGACUGUUAAUUACUUAGGUCAUGACAUAAUAAUAUAAACCGGUUGUCUAAAAAACAUGUUAUUUUUAUUUAUUCAGAGUAGACUGACCAUAGAAGACCAAUGUACCGAGGUUAUUUUGUAAGGGAAAUUCUAAAAAUUUAAUAUAAGUGACGAAUAAAAAUAACUACGUUUAAAAAACCCACUUCAUCUCUUGUUUUUGAAGUCGAUUAAUAAUAUAGUCUGUUAUAUUGAUACCUGAUCCUAAACGUAACGAACAUUUGUGAAAUCCACGUCGAAAUCGGUUCAGCUAAUCGCUAGAUACAUAAUAUACAAAUCUAACUGACAACCUCCUUCUUUUAUGAAGUCGAUUAAAAUGGAUGUUUCCAUUAAUAUGUGUCUCUGCAUACCCAUUCAGGGUAUAAACGGUGUGAUGUUAUCAUCAUGUACUAUUCGACACUGUUCAAUGAAUGGACAAUGAAAUCAAUGGAGUGAAUAGGUUGCUUAUGGGACGACGUGCUCUAUCGUAGGACACAUCAUCGCUUACCAUCAGGCGAGAUAGAGGUCAAUCGUCGGCGCAUCAAAUACAAAAAAACAAAAAAAAAUGAUUACUUAUAUCCAAUUUCAUGUGAUUAAGUAUUGUAUAAAUGAUAAAGAUCAAAGAUAUGAGAAAAAAAAUUACUCAUAAGAUUAUUCGGUGACAUACGUUGAAGAAAAACAUCGUGAGGAAACCUAGACUUAUAAUUCUAAUUAUAAGUUUGAAAUUGCCAACCCGCAUUGAACAA